AUGUAAGGGGAUUUUUUUUUUCUUAUUGGGGGGUUGUUAAAAAAUAAAUAUAAGAGGGCGGCCAUCUUUGUUGCUCAGCCUUAGUGUAAAAUAUUCCAAAACGCCCCCCUACUUUUCUCCCGUGCCGAUUUGAAUAUUAAAUAAAUAACACUGCAUCCGCUGCAAGAAUUACAGCUACGUGGUUUUGUGUUGUAUUUAAUUUUUUAAAAAUAUUUUUUUAUUUUUUUAAAACACUGAACACAAGGACGGAGCCGCCAAUGACAGCAGGAAUAUAAUAAUGUCCUCUCCUCUCCGCUCCUGCGAGGAAGACGAGGGCAUGGUGGUUAAUUCCGAGGGAGGAGAUUUUGAUGAAGAAGACGACGAGGACGACGGAGAGCUGGACGAGAACGCAAGCGACAUAAACUCGCCGGCGGCGCCUCGGGAAACUGCAACGCCACCAGUCGCGCCAGACGAAGACCCAGAGAUAUCGGACCGAGAGGUCCCAUGCAAGAAAAAAGGCCGGCCCAAGAAGAAGAAGGACAUAAAGAAGAAAGAGAAAGAGGGGAAACCUGCCAAAACAAAGAAACGCAAGAAGAUUGACAGCGAUGUAGAGCGAAUCUCAGACAGAGAAAGAGACUAUGGUGAACACUCAGACAGCAUCGCCAGCGAUUAUGGCUCUGGCGAGAAAAAGAAAAAGAAGAAACACAAAGAAAGGAAGGAGAAGAAAACCAAGAAAAAGAAAAAAGAUGAUGGGGACCGAGACAGUAGCCAGGAGGAAACAACGAAACAGCCAAUAGAGCAGAAGACGUCUGCCCAGCUGGCAAAGGAGUGGGGCCUGGAGGAUGUUGAUCAUACCUUCACAGAAGACGACUACAGGGAGCUCACAAAUUACAAAGCCUUCAGCCAGUUUAUGAGGCCGAUGAUAGCCAAGAAGAACCCGAAGAUCCCCAUGUCGAAGAUGAUGACCAUCCUGGGGGCCAAGUGGAGGGAGUUCAGCUCCAACAACCCCUUCAAAGGCAACGCCGCUGCUGUCGCAGCCGCCGCCGCUGCCGCCGCCAUCGCUGUCGCCGAGCAGGUCUCUGCAGCGACCGCCUCGCCCGAGCCGCCGCCUCAGCCGCCGCCCAUCAGAAAGGCCAAGACGAAAGAGGGCAAAGGUCCAGGAUAUAAAAAGCGCAGUAAAAGUCCUAGAGUGCCUGACAAGAAGAAAGCCCUAUCUAAAGCUAAAAAGAUGGCUCCUAUCCGUAUUAAACUAUUACCAAUAGCUGGGAAGAGGAAGAAGAGCUGCUCUAGCGACGACAUGGAUGAGGAAGAAUCUGAGCAGGAGGACUCCAGCGUUCACAGCUCCUCCGUUCGCUCCGACAGCUCUGGCCGAGUGAAAAAGAACAAGCGGGGACGGCCUGCCAAGAAGAAGAAGAAAGUUCCAGGUGAGGAAGAAGGCGACGGCUAUGAGACGGAUCACCAGGACUACUGUGAGGUGUGUCAGCAGGGCGGAGAGAUCAUCCUGUGCGACACCUGUCCUCGAGCGUACCACCUCGUGUGCCUCGAGCCUGAGCUGGACAAGGCCCCCGAGGGCAAGUGGAGCUGCCCGCAUUGUGAAAAAGAGGGAAUCCAAUGGGAGGCGAAAGACGAAGACUUUGAGGACUUCGAGGAGGACAGCGAGGACAGAGUGAUAUCCGAGGUCAGCAUCGGGGUUCCCACCGGCGCAGAGGAGGAGGAGGACGACCACAUGGAAUUCUGUCGGGUGUGCAAGGACGGCGGCGAACUGUUGUGCUGCGACACGUGCACGUCCUCCUACCACAUUCACUGUCUGAACCCUCCGCUGCCCGAGAUCCCCAACGGAGAGUGGCUCUGUCCGCGAUGCACGUGCCCGCCAAUCAAAGGAAGGGUCCAGAAGAUCCUCCACUGGAGGUGGGGCGAGCCUCCUCCUCCCAUUCCUGUCCCGCUGCCCCCCGACGCUCCUCCCGACGCCCCUCCACCGCCGCCCAUGAAGGGCAGAGCCGAGAGGGAGUUUUUUGUCAAGCUAACCAGCCAGUCGUACUGGCACUGCACCUGGAUCACCGAGCUGCAGCUGGAGAUCUUCCACUCGGUGAUGUACAGAAACUACCAGAGGAAGACCGACAUGGACGAGCCCCCCAGCCUGGACUACGGAUCGGGCGCAGAGGACGAGAACGGAGUGGGCAAGAGCGAGAAGAGGCGGGCCAAAGAUCCCCACUACGCCCUACUGGAAGACAAAUACUACAAAUACGGCAUCAAGCCCGAGUGGAUGAUGAUUCACCGCAUCAUAAACCACAGCAUGGAUAAAAAGGGGAUGUACCACUACCUGGUGAAGUGGAAAGAUCUGACCUAUGACCAGUGCACCUGGGAGAGAGAUGACAUGGAUAUACCCGACUUUGAACUCCACAAGGCCAACUACUGGAGACACAGGGACAACAUCUUGAAGGAAGACCCCGAUAAACCCAGGAAAAUGACGAGCAAGGAGGGAGACGAUGAAGAGGAGGAGUCUUUUCCCUCCCCACUCACAGAUCCGACCAUCAAAUACGAGGAACAGCCCGACUUCGUCACGGCGACAGGCGGCAACCUGCACCUCUACCAGCUGGAGGGCCUCAACUGGCUGCGCUUCUCCUGGGCUCAGGGCACCGACACCAUCCUGGCAGAUGAAAUGGGUCUGGGCAAAACCAUCCAGACAAUCGUCUUUCUCUAUUCACUGUUCAAGGAGGGCCACACUAAGGGUCCUUUCCUGGUCAGCGCGCCCCUCUCCACUAUCAUAAACUGGGAGAGGGAGUUCGAGAUGUGGGCGCCCGAUUUUUACGUGGUGACGUACACGGGAGACAAAGACAGCCGAGCCAUCAUCAGAGAGAACGAGUUCACGUUCGACGACUCCAUCAAAGCCGGAAAGAAGGCCUUCAAACUCAGGCGCGAGGCUCCCAUUAAAUUUCACGUCCUUCUGACCUCCUAUGAGUUGGUGACCAUCGAUCAGACGGCGCUCAAGUCCAUCGACUGGGCGUGUCUGGUGGUGGACGAGGCUCACCGCCUCAAAAACAACCAGUCCAAGUUCUUCAGGCGUUUAAAUGACUACAAAAUUGACUACAAGCUGCUGCUGACUGGAACUCCUCUGCAGAACAACCUUGAAGAGUUAUUUCACCUGCUCAACUUCCUCACCCCGAAUCGCUUCAACAACCUGGAGGGCUUCCUGGAGGAGUUUGCCGACAUCUCCAAAGAGGACCAGAUCAAGAAGCUCCACGACCUGCUGGGGCCUCACAUGCUGCGGAGGCUCAAGGCCGACGUGUUUAAGAACAUGCCGGCUAAGACCGAGCUGAUUGUCAGAGUGGAGCUGAGCCCCAUGCAGAAGAAGUACUACAAGUUGAUUUUGACCAAGAACUUCGAGGCUCUGAACUCGAAAGGCGGAGGAAACCAGGUGUCUCUGCUCAACAUCAUGAUGGACCUGAAGAAGUGCUGCAACCACCCGUACCUCUUCCCUGUCGCCUCCAUGGAAGCCCAGAAAACACCCAGCGGGGCGUACGAAGGCUCGGCCCUCACCAAGGCCUCUGGGAAGCUGACGCUGCUGCAGAAGAUGCUGAGGAAGCUGAAAGAUCAGGGGCAUCGAGUGCUGGUCUUCUCACAGAUGACUAAAAUGCUGGAUUUAUUAGAAGAUUUUCUGGACUAUGAGGGUUAUAAGUACGAGAGGAUUGAUGGAGGCAUCACAGGUGCACUGAGACAAGAGGCCAUCGACAGAUUCAACGCUCCCGGAGCGUGUCAGUUUUGCUUCUUGCUCUCCACCAGAGCCGGAGGUCUGGGCAUAAACCUGGCUACGGCUGACACGGUCAUCAUCUUUGACUCUGACUGGAACCCUCACAAUGACAUCCAGGCGUUCAGCAGAGCUCAUCGCAUCGGGCAAGCCAACAAGGUGAUGAUCUACCGCUUUGUGACGCGAGCCAGCGUGGAGGAGCGCAUCACCCAGGUAGCCAAAAGGAAGAUGAUGCUCACCCACCUGGUGGUGCGGCCAGGUCUGGGAUCCAAGGCUGGCUCCAUGACGAAACAGGAGCUGGAUGACAUCCUCAAGUUUGGGACGGAGGAGCUGUUCAAGGAUGAAGGAGAAGGUAUGAAGAACAACUCUGGGGACAAAGUUGAGGAUGAGGGCAGCGUCAUUCACUAUGACAGCACCGCCAUCGAGAGGCUGCUGGAUCGCAGCCAAGACGCCACAGACGACUCGGACGUCCAGAACAUGAACGAGUACCUGAGCUCCUUUAAGGUUGCCCAGUACAUGGUCCGAGAGGAGGACAAGAUUGAGGAGAUCGAGCGGGAGAUCAUCAAGCAGGAGGAGAACGUGGACCCGGAUUACUGGGAGAAGCUGCUACGGCAUCACUAUGAGCAGCAGCAGGAGGACCUGGCCAGCAAGCUAGGUAAAGGGAAGAGGAACCGCAAACCUGUGAACUACAACGACGCUGCGCAGGAAGACCAAGAGUGGCAUGCUGACAUUUCAGAUAACCAGUCCGAAUACUCCGUGGGCUCCGAGGAGGAGGAUGAGGACUUCGACGAUCGGCCAGAAGGUCGGAGGCAGUCACGUCGUCAGCUGAGGAAUGAGAAAGAUAAACCUCUGCCUCCUCUUCUGGCCAGAGUGGGAGGCAACCUAGAGGUUCUUGGUUUCAACACACGGCAGCGCAAAGCCUUCCUGAAUGCGGUGAUGCGUUGGGGUAUGCCGUCUCAGGACGCGUUCUCGUCUCAGUGGCUCGUUAGGGACCUCAGGGGAAAAACUGAGAAGGAAUUCAAAGCUUACGUGUCUCUCUUCAUGCGUCACCUGUGCGAGCCGGUCGCUGACGGGGCCGAGACGUUCGCCGACGGCGUCCCGAGGGAGGGCUUGUGUCGGCAGCUCGUCCUGACGCGUAUUGGCGUCAUGUCUCUGGUCAAGAAGAAGAUCCAAGAGUUUGAGCACAUCAACGGACGGUGGAGCCUUCCGGAGCUCAAACCCGAGGUCAGCGUUGACAAAUCCUCCUCUCGGGCCUCCUCUCCCGCUGCAAAGACCGCGACUCCCACACCUGAUGCAAGCUUCAACAACACUCCAUGCACCUCGAAGCCAGCGACUCCAGCGCCGUCGGAGAGGCUGGAGAAGAACGGGAAGGAGGGCGGAAAGGAGGAGGAGAAGGGGGAGGCUGAUGCCUCCGCGGAAAAGGAAAAAGUGAAGGAGAAGGAGCAACAGAAAGAGGUGAACAGCAACAAGACCGGCGACCCUGAGGAGCUUUCAUCCUCAACAAAAGAAUCGUCGCAGAAGGCAGGUGAAAAGAUGGACGGCAAAGAAGAGAGCACCGCCAAAGAGGAUGACAGGAAGGAAUCGACCGAGGCUUUAGCCGCCACAUCAGAGGAGAAUAAACAACAAGAGGACAGUAAAGAAGAGACUAAACAAAACACAGACGUGACAGAAAAGAAGUCAGAGGGAGAGAAGCCUGUGGAGAACAAGGAGAAAGAAAAGAUGGAUGAAAUGCGAACAUCUUCAGAGGCAACAGAAGCCAGGGAAAAAACCGAGACGUCUGACCCAAAGAGAGAAGAAGUCAAAGGUGAAAGGGAUGCUGGGAAAGAAAUCAAAGCAGCCAAGGAGGAGACGCCAAAAGGUAACGGGAAGCCUCAGACCGAGCGGCCGCGCUUCAUGUUCAACAUCGCAGACGGCGGCUUCACAGAGCUGCACACUCUCUGGCAGAACGAGGAGCGGGCUGCCAUCUCCUCGGGUAAGAUGAACGAGAUCUGGCACCGUCGACACGACUUCUGGCUGCUGGCGGGAAUCGUGGUACAUGGCUACGCUCGUUGGCAGGACAUCCAGAACGAUCCACAGUUCGCAAUCGUCAAUGAGCCGUUCAAGUCACAGGCAAACAAAGGAAACUUCUUGGAAAUGAAGAACAAGUUUUUGGCUCGGCGUUUUAAGCUGCUGGAGCAGGCGCUGGUGAUCGAGGAGCAGUUGCGGCGGGCAGCUUACCUAAACAUGACCCAGGACCCGAGCCACCCGGCCAUGGCGCUCAACGCUCGCUUCGCUGAGGUGGAGUGCCUGGCGGAGUCGCACCAGCACCUCAGCAAGGAGUCGCUGGCAGGGAACAAGCCAGCCAACGCUGUUCUGCACAAAGUGUUGAACCAGCUGGAGGAGCUGCUGAGCGACAUGAAGGCCGACGUGACCCGGCUGCCCGCCACGCUGUCCCGAGUCCCGCCCAUCGCCGCCCGCCUGCAGAUGUCGGAGCGGAGCAUCCUCAGCCGGCUCGCCAGCAAGGGCACCGAGACGCACACGCCUCCGCCCAUACCGCCGGGACCUUAUGCCACCCCUCAGAACUACGGCGCACCGUUCACCCCGGCCCCGCCAAGCGCCCUGCACAUGGGAGGAGCCAACUACAGCCAGAUGCCACCAGGAUCCUUCAUAUCAGUCUUGAACGGGCCUCCCAUGUCUGUAAAGAAGGAACGGGAAGCAGAACUGCUGGUGAACCGACGGGAGCAGCGCAGCGGAGAGGUCAUCUGUAUCGACGACUAGACGACACACACGCACACUCGCGCUUGCACACCUGAAACCCAUUUCCUGCUAGAAAGACACCUUCGAUUACUCCUCUGCAGAGGAAUGUUUUUUGUUUUGUUUUUUUUCCGCAGGAGAAAACAGCACCACUGAACCGCGCUCGCAGUAUUACAACUAACUAACUGACUGUCUGAAGGCAAAUGUACCCAAACAAUAGUGAUUGUAAUUGCUUCGUUUGAAACAAACAUAACUUCAGCCGCACACAUAGCAGCACUCUCAUCGUCGCAGACAGUCCAGCCUGCCUCCAACUUUUUGUGACCAUUUUACAACUGCCUCAAACCAUUAUACUCCUCAACAACGGCCUCCUCAAGUGGGCCUCCUCCUCCUUGAGGUGCUUCAGACCUCACCUAUCCACACACACACACACAUGCACACAAACAUAACGAAACACUAAACCCAACCUUACCCAGAAACCUCCUAGAUCUGUCAGUAGUUCAAAUCCCCUUCCUCCUCUUCCUAAGAUUCUCUCAGAAAGUUGCAUGUGAAACUAUACUCAUUUCUCCCAUGGCGCUCCAUCCCCUGAAGCAUGCUCUUAUCACAACAACGCUGUCAUGUGGAAUCAGAAAGAAAGGAAAAAUGUUAUCAAGCUGUGCCUAAACUCGUUUUAAUACUAUUUCUAAUGCUCAGAGAGAGGCUGAUUCUCCGGUGUCUGAGUUUAAGCAGCUCCAAGCACAGCUCCAGCUAUUCAUUUUUUUCAUUUACCUUUAUUUUGCUCUUUUUUUUCUUUUUUUUUUUUUUUUUGGUUGUUUUUGUAACGGUACGUGUUCAGAUAAAACUCAUGUGCAAAAGUAUGAUAUAAAUAUAUUCAGGACUUGUUUGACCAUAAAGUAUUUUCCAGCAUCUUUUAUCUGCUUUUCCUGGUUUGGGUUUAUGUACAGAGCUUCGAGGAAUUUUGAAGGGGGUUCGUUUUACAAAAGGCCUCGAAAUGUUGCUAUUUUUAGGAUUCCCUUACGAAUGUUUAUAACCUUUCAUAAACGAAUCAGUGUUAUUGAAACCUAUCGACAACCCUCUGCACUGCUCUUUCUUUUACUUACCAGCGCUUCAAAUCAAGAACUUUUUUUGUCUCCUUUUUUUAUUAUUAUUAUUAUGUUUCCUUCUGCAAAAUCCUGUGAUAUACUUUGCAUAUUUAAGCAGCUCAUUCGUGUUCUGUAUUUUUACUCUCCCAGUUACAAGCAUUGUUGUUGUUGAUGUUGCUGUUGUUCUCGCCGUUGCUAUUCAAGAGAGAGCUUCUACCAAAAGAGACAUAUCUUUGUAACUAUAAAACGUAAAAAAAACAAACAAAACCCCCCCACACACACACACACAGCAGUACGCGUGCCACACAGUACACAGUUCGUCAUGUUCGUCCCAUCGUUGCAAGAGAACACAAACGAAGAAGUUGAGCUAACUUCAGAAGUGCGUAUGUAAUACGAAGGAAGCAAACUUUCCCUUUUAGUUUUGGGGCUUAAUUAUGUACGUCUGUAGAAAUUAGGUCAUAUGUAACCCCCAAUGCUUCUACCAAGGUCUUAGUCCAUUUCAGCUCUACUAAAAGUGCUCGAGCGUUAUCCAGAGAAUCAGAGAGGGGACUUUUAUAUAUCGCGUCAUUUAAAAGCGCCUUAAUAAACAUAGCUGAACACAUGUAAAGUCAGUGAAAUACAUUUAGAAACUGAUGUCAACCUGUAAAUUCCAGUAUCUUCUGUUUCACUGAAAAGAUGGCAUAGCUCUAAAAACAAUGUAGCUCAUUGACCUUUCCCCAGGAUUCAUACAAAUGUCUGUUACUUUAAAACUAAUAUUCAACAACCCCCAAACUAAGAUGUUGAGUCAAGAACAACAAAUUGUUGCUUUGUCCACUCUUAUUUUGUCCUCGUUCCAGGAUUUUUGGUUGAUUUCUGGGUAUCUUGUGUCACUGUGUAUGUGGUGGUGUCGAUGAACUUGACGAGUGGAAGUAAAAACACGUCAAUAAUGACACUUCUCCUUAUUUUCUCUUUUUUUGUUUGUAAUAAAACUGAAAGAAAUGAUGGAAAUACC